GGUCUUUGCUUUCGUGUGGAAAAGUAGGUCAUGAAUUCUCUUUCGCGGCCAUUUUGGAUGAAAUGGUCAAACCUCGACGAUCACAGAGCGUUGGGUAAAGCCCUUGGUAUUUAGAAAGUUCAACGUUUAUGACAGAUUUGCAGUUGAGGUAACAGGAAAGGUAGUUACGUACCUAGUGAGUGAUGGAGGAUGAGACCCACAAUGGGGGCCUCGGAGAUCCUGGGCCUCAGAACCUUAAUGAUCUACAAAGUUACCUUGUUAAUUUUAACAAGGAAAUUGGUGUUCAUGGUGAGGGGUCAGCCUUCCACCAUACAGUCUCUCAGAUGAUAAAUCAGUCAGCACAACCUGUGUUUGUAACAGUUCCAGUUUCCUCAGAAACAACAACACCAGAUGAAGAACAACUACCUGUCAUAUCUGGAAUGAAAGACGGAAAGUCCCCAGAUAUGGAUGAAGGUAUAGAUGGUGCCAUGACAACAGGGGAAGAUACUCUCAGUAGUACAGGAGCUACAGAUGAUCACAUGAUCUAUGAAAUCACUCCGAAACAGUCACCUUUAAGUCAAGUUGUUGUUGAUGCACAGAUUGAAGGCCUGGAAGCUGGCAGAGUUCAACUGCAGGAAUUGAACCUAGAACAGCUUGGAUUACAGCAAGGCAUUGCUGUGUCUGAUGGCAUGGUGAUGUUACCAAUGGGUGAUGCCUGUAAUCUACUAGGACAGACUUCAGACCACAAAGUGGCCCAAGUACAGAUUGUCAAUAUCAACGGUCAGCCUACAUUACAACUUGUUGGUGAUUCCAGUAUUCUACAGCAACAGUUUAACCACACAGUUGUAGCUUCAGAGCCACAAGUUAUACCCAGUAUAGUACCAAACUCAUCCAUACAGUCACUGAUAGAUACAACUAACCCUAUAGCGGUCCUGGCUUCAGUGGAUACCACAAACCCUGUGGCAGUACUAGCCUCGGUAGCCGCCAACACUAACUCUGUAAACCAGCUUCAAGCUAGUCAGAUACAGAACAUACAAAUACAGCCUCAGGAGGCACAGCUGGUUGCCCUGAGGGAUGAUUCAGACAGUACACAGCCUCAGGUAUUGGCAUUAUCUUAUGGUGAUAUGGAGGCAGGGUCUACUGGGAUGAUUGUGUCCCAGGAACAAGAACAACAGGGAACCAGUCUACUGAAGAAAAGUACAGGGUACCAGUCUGUUGCUAUUCUGCCCUCUGGUGACACCAGUCAGGGGGAGGUAAACUAUGUUCUAAUUGUCAACCCAGCUGGGGAUAAAGAUAAUAAUCAAGGACCUACAUACGAUUUUGGAGGUAACAUAACGGGGGAAGUUGUAGAAGAGGUAACAGAUGAAACUGGAACAACCAAGAGACUGGUAAAAAUAAACCAGCUUAUUGCCAGAAACAACCAACUGAACAUUAGAGAUGUACCUGCUGACCAGCUCGCUUGUACCCAUUGUGAUUAUACAAGUCCUAAAAAAUAUUUACUUUCUCGGCACAUGAAAUCCCAUUGCGAUGACAGGCCACAUAAAUGUGGUAUAUGUAGCCGAGGCUUUAAGACAGUAUCUUCCCUCCAGAAUCAUAUAAAUACUCACGCAGGGGUGCGACCUCAUAAGUGUAAAAUGUGUGAAUCUGCAUUUACUACUUCUGGUGAACUGAUACGUCAUAUUAGGUAUAAACACACCUUUGAAAAACCUCACAAAUGUACAGAAUGCGAGUAUGCCAGUGUGGAGCUCAGUAAAUUGAAGCGUCAUAUGCGUUCUCACACUGGUGAGCGUCCAUACGCAUGUGCAUAUUGUAACUAUGCAUCUCCAGACACAUAUAAACUGAAACGACAUAUGAGAAUUCAUACAGGAGAGAAACCUUACGAGUGUGAUAUCUGUCAUGCAAAGUUUACCCAGAGUAACAGUCUUAAAGCACACAGAUUGAUACAUAGUGGCAAUAAACCCGUGUUCCAGUGUUCACUUUGUCCUACAACAUGUGGACGUAAAACAGAUCUGAAAAUACACAUGCAGAAGCUUCACUCUACUGAUCAACCAUUACUGUGUAAGAAAUGCGGCUCGACAUUUCCUGAUAGAUACACGUUUAAGGUUCAUUUCAAGUCGCAUGAAGGAGAAAAAUGUUUCAGAUGCACUGAGUGUGACUAUUCAGCGAUAUCUCAGCGACAUGUUGACACUCAUAUGCUUGUGCAUUCAGGCCUUAAACCCUUUGAAUGCGAAGACUGUGAUUUGGCAUUCCGCCAAAAAGCACUUUUAAAACGUCAUCGCAAUCUGUACCACAAUCCUCAUUAUAUACACCAAGAUGUAAAAGAUAGGGAACCUGAGUGUAAAGCGUGUGAAAAGUCAUUUGGUAACAAAUCUAAUGUAGCGGGACAAAUUCAUAAUCCCAGUGAUGCAUUGACUGAGCGUCAAGUUGAUUCGGAUGAAACAGAGACUGAUAUUAGCAAUAUUCACACGUGUGGAGGUUGCCCGAAAUCUCUCGUCGACAGCAUAACGCCAUUGACUGCUGAUCAGUUGAUCGAGAACAGUCUGUUGGCAGAUAUGAAGGAGGGAAAGCUUGGUGCAUCGCCGAAGGUGGUUGUUGUACAUCCGGAUGGUAGAGUUGAGGAAGUUACGGCUAAACUACAAAGUUUGAGUCAGUCAAAACCAAUGGACGACUUUCUAGUUUCUCUUGGUGUAUCUGGGGACUCGCAUUUUGAUCAAGUAUCAGGUCUGCCAGCGGAUGUAAUUGUGUCUGAAGUUAACACCUUAGUUACAUCAAAGGACGAGAAUUCCUUGGAAAGUCAACCCAAAUAUGUUCAGUCUAAUGAAAGUUCAGAAAAUAUUGAAGUGAAUGAGGUUAACCCAACGCUUGACACAAGCAGUUUUCCAGUAGCAGCAAUAGUGGCAGGACUUGAUAUAGACCAUACAAAAGAAGAGGGUACACAGGCAAGUUUCGAUUCAGAUGACGAGGAUAAAAAAGUGAAAGUUCUAUCACAGGAAGAGUUCCUCAGCCUAGCGCAAGGGUCAACAGCUACUGAUUUACGAGACUGUUUUGAAGAGAAUGGCUAUAGAAUAAUCCAGGUAGAUCAGCCUAUUGUAGGAAAUGUUCCACAGAUUGUUGUAUCUAUGCUUUCAACUGAAGAAAAUAGUUUGGGAAAAAGAACCAGUGAUGAAAUAGGUGAUGAUGAUGAAGAGCAGGCACUGAAAAGGUUGAGAACAGAAACACUGCAAACUGAUGAAUGAUUCAAUACCUUGCCAAACAGUUUUAAAAUUUGCCUCACCACAAAAAUGUUCAGUCUCUUUUUGUGUAAACUAUAUGCUAGUACAUGUACCCUAUUUGAGCUUAGAGUUUGAUUUAGACUUUACUUACACAUAAUCAGUUAUUGUGAAUUCAAUAAAAGAAAACAGGGGCCUCCGUUGCGGCCGAUGACUUCAAAACACUUGCCCCUCACCGAUGUGGGUUUGAGCCUCGCUUGGGGCGUAGACUUUUUCAUGUGACGAAGCCAUACAGCUGGCUUACGGAAGGCCUGUGGUUCUACCCAAGUGCCCACUUGUCAUGAAAUAAUGCACAGAGGGGUACCAGGGUCUUCCUCCACCACCAAAAAGCUGGAAAGUCGCAAUAUGACCUAUGACUUUGUGGGUGCAACAUUAAAUUCAACCCCAAAAAAAAAAAUUAUAUAUAUAUAUAUAAAAGCAAAUGUUUGCAUUAAAACUAUGUGUGUUCAAUAUAAAUUGUUUACCUCUGUAGCAAAGAUAUUUAUUUAUAGGUUAAAAAGGUUUGUCAGUCAUGUUAAUUUCUUUUGCUGUGAGUGUACUCAUUUUUAGUUUUUCCUUGACAUACUGCCUGUAAACUUUAGUUAAAAGGAUGGCUUAUUCACGGAAUGUCAUUAGUUGUACACCUAUCAGUUGCCUGUCAGUUUGUAUUUACCUCAUAUGCAUUGUCUGGUUGUGCAUUCUUGACAGCAUUCACAUUCUGACCAGAAAAGAAUUUUUUGUAUUUUUUUUUUUUCAUAGAGCUUAAUUAAGUAAUUGCAAUGAAUCAAUCAAACUUUUAUCUUUUGGAAUUUGAAUGAGCAUUGAAAUUGUAAAUGAAAUACAACAAAAAGUGAUAUAUUUUGAUUUGAAAUUUGGACAUUUUUAGCUCGGUGUCUGCGUCGGCGUUGCCUGGUUAAGUUUUAUGUUUAGGUCAGCUUUUCUCCUAAAUUAUUAAAGCUAUUGCUUUCAAACUUGCAACACUUGUUCACCAUUAAUAUCUGACUCUGUACAGCAAGAAACAUAACUGUAUCCUGCUUUUUGCAAGAAUUAUGGCCCCUUUUGGACUUAGAAAAUCAGAUUUCUUGGUUAAGUUUUAUGUUUAGGUCAACUUUUCUCCUAAACUAUCAAAGCUAUUGCUUUAAAACUUGCAACACUUGUUCACCAUCAAAAGCUGACUCUGUACAGCAAGUAACAUAACUCCAUCCUGCUUUUUGCAAGAAUUAUGGCCCAUUUUGGACUUAGAAAAUCAGAUUUCUUGGUUAAGUUUUGUGUUUAGAUCAGCUUUUGGACUUAGAAAAUCAGAUUUCUUGGUUAAGUUCUGUGUUUAGAUCAGCUUUUCUCCUAAACUAUCAAAGCUAUUGUUUUAAAACUUGCAACACUUCUUCACCAUCAAAAGCUGACUUUGUACAGCAAGAACCAUAACUUCAUCCUGCUUUCUGCAAGAAUUAUGGCCCCUUUUGGACUUAGAAAUUAUCAGAUUUCUUGGUUAAGUCUUGCAUUUAGGUCAACUUUUCUCCUUAACGGUCAAAGCUAUUGCUUUAAAACUUGGAGCAGUUGUUCGCCAUUAAAAGCUGACUCUGCAUAGCAAGUACCGUAACUCUACAUUGCUUUUUUGCAAUAAUUAUGGCCCCUUUUGGACUUAGAAAAUCAUGGGUAUGACAAUAUUUCUAUUAUACAAAAAUUCAGAUGAGUGUCUGCACCCGCAAGCCGGUGCUCAUGUUCUUAUUUCCAAGUGUUCACUGUUGGAAAUGAAUUACUGUAGAAAUGAAGUGAACUGAAACUGUGCUUAUGACUUUUUCGCUGUUGGAAUUUGUCAAGUCCCAGUUUAUGACCUUAGUUACCUCCCCUGGCACUCUGAGAUAGCAAUUUCACAUUGUUAAGGAGAUGUGUAUUUUUGGAUGUACCUGGUAUUAACUGACUGUUACAUACUAUUUUUGUGUUUGUAUGACUAUUGUCAAAUGCUUAAAAUACUAAAACAAUAUGCCUCUUUCCUAUCUUCAGAAUAUAUAAAUAUUUUUCAACUAUUUAUUGAAAAUGUUUUAUUGCGACAUUGAAAAAAAUUAAUUGAUGUUUUCUUUCAUAAAAUUGAUGGCUGAUUAUGAAUUAAAAAGUUAAAACAGUUUGUUAUGAAUGUUUAAGUAUCAUAAUUAUACAUUUGCUUAGCUUUAACAAUAACAGCUAGUUGUUCAAAACUUUUGUGACAUUUGAUCAGCUGUCAGCACUGUUAAAUUUGAUUGUUUCAUAAGCUAAUGAAUUGUUAAAAUUUCUAUUAGCUCACAGAAUAUUAAUUUUUCUUCAAUGAAUUGUUAUGGCAGCGUAUGUAUCAUACACCACCUUUUACACUAAUGAAAAAAUACUGUAACACCGUAAUAACAAUACUACUUGUAACAUUGUUAUGAAUGACUAAUUUGAGGGCAGCCGCAUGUGGUUCUGGGACAGUCUGUGUAUGAAAAGAAUUGGAACCACUGCCUUACCCUUGCAUGAUCGUAAGAGGCGACUAAUAGGGUCUUAACACUUGGUUUUGCAGUAACUCUGUGAUUCCAGCAGGUAUGCAAAAUUUUGUUUCCAUACCUCAUGUUUUUAUUUCGAUGUAAAUGAGAUGUGGAACCAAAAUUUGUAGUUCUGUUUGGCGCCAUAUAACCUAUACUGUGUUGGUGCGCCGUAAAACCCAAACAAAUAAAUAAAUCAUUUGAGGGCAUACUGUAAAAUCAUUUAAUUUCGUGGUUUGGGUCAAAAUAACAAUUUCAUGGGGAUAUGAAUUCAUGGAUUUUUAUUUUUGAACAUAAAAUGAAUGGGAAUUUUACUUGUUUGUUGAGAUUAGAUUUUGUUGAUUGACUCAACCAUGAAAUCCACGAAAAUUAGUCCCCCAUGAAUAUUAAUGAUUUCACAGUAUUGAUAAUUUGAUGGCUGCUGACCAUAUUGGAAGUGGUGGUAACAGGAAAGAAAGAAGUUGAUACUACAGAAAUUGAUUUUAAAAAGCAUUAGACAGUUUUUUACUGUUGCCUGUUUCAUGGUAUAGAUAUUUUGGUAAGACAUGAGACUAUGAAAGAUUUAUUAGCAGAGAUAUAAAGCAGUGACUUUAAUAAUAUUAGAUAUAUCCAUUUAUAGUCGGUGAUAGAAAAUGUGUAAUUUAUAUGUUAUGUCUGAGCCUGGGAUGUAUUGGAAUAAAAUUUAAUACCAGGGUUUUAUAACUUUCAUGGUUAUAUGAGAUAUAAACCAACUUAAGGCAGUUUGAAAAAUAGUAGAUUUUGUGACUUUUUACCAAAUGACCCUACCUGGCAGUUUAUCAAGACACUGACUUUGAAUGACUUGCCCGUCACCAAUGAGGGUUUUUUUGUUGUUGUUUUUUUCGUCACCAAUGAGGGUUGGAAACCUCACUUGGAGUGUAAAAUUCUUUAUGUGAGGAAGUUGUCCAUCUGGCUUUCUGGAGGUCAGUGGUUCUAUCCAGCUGCCUGCCCAUGCCUGAAAUAACGUUUGGAGGGGCACACAAGGUCUUCCUCCAUCAAUAAAAGCUUUAAUAGUCACCAUAUGACCUAAAUUGUGUGUGGGACUCUAAACCAACCCCCACCCCCCCCCCCCCCCCCCCCC